AUUGUUACUCAGGGACACAAAAUUGUUACUCAGGGACACAGAAUCGUUACUCAGGGACAGACACAGAAUUGUUACUCAGGGACACAGAAUUGUUACUCAGGGACACAGAAUCGCUACUCAGGGACACAGAAUUGUUACUCAGGGACACAGAAUUGUUACUCAGGGACACAGAAUUGUUACUCAGGGACACAGAAUCGUUACUCAGGGACAGACACAGAAUUGUUACUCAGGGACACAGAAUUGUUACUCAGGGACACAGAAUCGUUACUCAGGGACAGACACAUAAUUGUUACUCAGGGACACAGAAUCGUUACUCAGGGACACAGAAUUGUUACUCAGGGACACAGAAUCGUUACUCAGGGACACAGAAUUGUUACUCAGGGACACAGAAUUGUUACUCAGGGACACAUAAUCGUUACUGAGGGACACAGA